AGAUGGGUGAGCUACACUACAGAGUCGCACCCUGUUGCUGCUGCCUCUGCCCGCGGCGGGUGAGGAGGCUGCAGUGUCUCCCUGCACCGCUCCCGUGUGGCAGCUGUCUGUCACACACACGAACCCUGACGGGGACGCGCAUAGAGAAUCCCAUGGCAGCAAAGGUCGCUGCAGCAUGGGGCCGUUCUGUUCCGGAGACCUGACUCUUCCAGCUUUCAAGAACCCCUCCUCCGCUGUUAGCCAGCGCUUAGCAACAGAGCACAGCCCGGCCCCAGCAACACAGACAGGGUUGCGCACACAUUACAGCAGCAGGUUAAUGGAUACUGGAAAUCUGAGGUCACCGUGGACAGAGAAAAAACUCACCUCAUUAGUCGCAGAAGAGAAAUUGGAUACCAAAAAGCUUCAUCAGCUGUACAAUGACAUCCUGCAGCCACUCACCUUAUUCCCCAGUCAGACGACCCAUACUGUACAAGAGAGGAAAGAUCCUACAGAAGAACAGAAAUAUUCCUCAAAAGACCAGUUUGACUUGAAGGAACAAGUUGAUGCCACUCUUUGUAAAGAUGAGGUAUAUGCACGUCCAGUAGCUCCUUUUAUGAAGGACGUGUGCACUGUCUCUCCGGACGUUCUGUGUGAGAUUGUGAAGAGGAGACUACAUAGAAAAUCAGCAGUGCAAGGUGGCUCCACAGAAGUUCAACGGAUAUUUGAGGAAAUUAUUCUCAGUGAAGUAAGAGUUGCCUGCGAGAGCAUUACUAGUGUACUAUGCACUACAUUAUUACCUCAGAAUAAAAAGCUACAACUGCGCCGUCGUAUCAUCUCCCACAUCAUGAUUGUCUCUGAGCAGUUGUUUAUGUUCUACAUGCACAAAAUGGAUCGGAAUAAGCCACAUGCUGUGUUUUCCGAGGAGGCCAGUCUCACACGUUACAAAGCACAGCUGUUACUUGAUUGUUCCAAAUUUUUGAAUGUGUUUUCAGUCAGACACCACCUUAUUGCUGAGAUAAAGGAGUUAGACGGUAAAGAACUAUUACAUGAUGACCCUAAUGACGUGGCUACGGAGCACAUUGAGGAGACCAUACCCCAAUAUAAAUCCCACUAUCCAAGGAUUACUAUGGCAUAUUUCUUAAGGUUGGGCAGGCCACACAUUGCGGUACAUAGAGUCCAUAGAGAAACAGAACUGAUGCAGAUUGGAAACAUAAAGGGACUGGAUAUAGAGAAAGUACAUAUGUUGGUUCCCAGGCGAGAAGACCAUAGUAGAGCUAUAAGAAAUAUGCGCUGUGAAGCAGUAACAACCCCCUGUCCAUUCAUACAUGAGGGAGACCAGGAAACAAAAGAAGAAUACAGUCAUACUAAGCAGACUCGCUUCAAGAAAUGUGUGUCCUGCCCUAACCUGAGGACCGGUGACUUGCUAGCUGAUGAACUGAGGAUAACAUUUAACCAAUACGCUGCUGAAUGUCCAGAGACUGCGGGCACAUUUGAAACCGUGAAAGUGAAAAACGAUCCGGUAUCGGAUGAUCUCAGAAGGUUAAUGCAAGACUCCACAUUGCAGAAGUCUCGUCAAGUACAGUGUCCGGAUGAGGAGAUUCCUCCCUUAAUAAGAGCUCUAGGUCCUGGAAACAGGAAUGCUGCUAAACGCCUGGAAAUGGAAGCUUUAUCACAGGAGUUAAACAUGAAGUCGGAACAACAUAAAGAACCACAGAAGACACUACCAGGUCGUCAUCCUCAGACUUCCACAAUCGAUGUGCAGAUUCCUAACAGGCCACUAGUGAGGAAAGCGGAUGUGCAGGCCUCUGACAGGAUAUACACAGAUAUAACUGACAUUCCUACAUAUCCCCCUGUGUACAAUGAUUUUACCUCAGAGAUUGAUGCUGCUACUGUGAAGAAAUUAGAUAGAAACUUGUAUGUUGGACAAGAACUACAAGAAGUAUAUGCAGAGCUCAUUAAGAAUAUUUCAACAGAUCAUCUGAGAUUUCACCAGGAUUUAGAAAAUGAGACGUAUGCAACAAAGGUGGAUUUCUCUGUGUGCGUUGCUUCAUCCACAUUGACCAAGAAAACCAAUCAGCGUGUGAUCAACAAGGAGCUGGACUCCCUUAUUUCCAGAGACAAAUGUGAAAGUUUGAUCCAUCACAUACCGGUUGAUAAAGAAGCCUCAAGAGUUUGUAAUUCCUGGCUCAAUUGGAAGAAAUCUGUAGUGAACACUAAUGACUAUAUGACAUAUAUAUCCUCACAGGCUCUGGAUUACCUGAAAGUCAUUUUCCAUUUAUACAGCAGUAAUUCUGAGGAAGAAGAACAGGCAAAUAUCGCCUUAAAGAAGAAGCAAGAUGAGCAGAAGAGGCAAAGGGACAAAAAGAUUGCAGAACUCAGAGCCGAGAAGCAACGCUAUUUGCCUGGCUUAUGGAACAGUAACAGUAUCAUGCUUGGGGGUCUAGGAUCUGAUCCACCCAUCCAGGAUGUUGAAUUCGAAAAAAAGGAAUCAAUCAACAUCCUAUCAGAGGCAGAGACAUCAACCUAUGAGGUUCUGCAGAAAAAGAUAAAUUCCAUAUGGAGUGCACUUAAUGUUCCAGAAGGCCAGCGGCUGGAUAUGGCAAUUAAAUAUAGCUCCAAUGACUACCGUGACAGGCUGCCAGAGGCAAUAACAAUGUGGGAAGAGGCAGUGAGACUCAUCAAGGGAAGAGAAAAGAUUUUAGCCGAGCUGGAGAUGUUUGAGAGGACAGCUUCUGACCCCAACAGAUUCUUUCACAGAGGUUAUGAAGGAACAUCGAUGGCGAGGAUGGAGGAGUCCAGGAAAAGGCAAACCCUACAUAAACAGAUCACAGGCUUUGAGCAUGACUUAACUAAACUAUUACAAGUCAUAAAGAAAACCCUCAAUGACACAGUCAGCUUUAAUGGAAGACCAUAUAUUGAAAAAAUUAAGUGGGACAAGACAGAAAUGCUCUAUUGGCUGCAACAAGAUCGACGCAAAUCUUUAAUGGAAAUGGAUAUUAAAAAAGAAAAUACUCUUGUAAAACUGGAACCUCUAAACCCAGUCAUUUAGUAUACAAGAUUGUAAAAUUCAGGGGUUUGUUGAACAACCAGUAUAUAUUGCCACUUUACAUCCAGCAGAAAACUGUUCACCGAUAAAUAAUCCCUGUACUGUAUGUCUUUACAUUUUACACCUGAUAAUGAGAAAACACAAAAAAGGGGUGAGUAGUGCAAUAUACAUUUUGUGAUGGCACAUUUGUAUUUAGGUGUAAGUUUGCCCAUUUUCAAGAUCUGCACAUUAAGAUUACGGCAUUACUGGGGUCUGCAAAGUUAUACUGGAUGAGAAGCUGUGACUUCACAUGCAGCCGCUGUGCACCUAAACAUGGCAGGUAGCCGUAGCAGGUAGCUGCUAGGCUGCGUAGGCAGAGAGCUACUCAUCAGGUGCGAAAGCAUCGCCGCCGUGGACUGCCGGCGGACUUGCCCAGUGCUGGGCGUCCCCCCGCAUGUAGAUGUGUGUUUUCUCUUACGUCCUAGAGGAUGCUGGGGACUCCAAAAG